CGUAGUAAAGAAUCAAUGACUUUCACCUGUGACAUAUUGAUUGAGUAAAUUGGCAGGUGCCGAGAAAAAUGAUGCUUGUCACGAGAGAGGUGGAGCCAUUGUGAUUCACACCUGCAUAAAUUUGGAUGGUAGCACCCUAGUGUGUUAUUGAAACCAGCUUGGCAAUAAUGGGGUUUUGGCAGGUUGGAUUUGGAUUGGUGUUUAUUCUUGCACUUGGAUUUUCCGAAGCACAAUGGAGAGCAAGAGCAGCACAUAGUGGGAGUCCAAGUGGGUUUAGGCCUCGAGCAUUAGCUCAAGCUUCUCAACUGGCUGAUUCCACGAUGGUUCCCAGUAAUACUGUAUUUGGACCACAAAGGUUUCCAGUCAGGGCUGACUUUGGAAAGCCUUCUCAAGAUCUUAUGGGUGUUCAGUUAAAAGAGCUGUUGCAGGGUCCGGUGGCGAAACUGGCGUGGAGCUUUCCAAGUCUGCCAGAGGAACCACAGCAGCCAGACGUUCCUUUUGAUUUGCCUUAUCUUGUCCCUGCCAACAGUGUAGCCGCUCAGUGUGGAGAGAAUUCAGUAUAUGUGGAAGUGAUGAAGGACUUCUUUGGGUCUGGGCACCCACUGUUGUCCUCUGGUUUUACACUGGGAGGCUGUCCUGCAACUGGAGAGGACUCUUCUGCUCAAGUGCUGAUCUUUGAGUCUGAACUGCAUGGAUGUAGUGGCACAUCAAUGGUGACUGAGGAUGAGCUUGUCUAUAGGUUCAACAUUAUCUACACCCCACAAAAGGUUUCAUAUGGUGUUCCUAUUGUCAGGAGCAGUGGUGCGGUGGUUGGUGUCGAGUGCCAUUAUCCAAGAACGCAUAAUGUGAGCAGCGAUGCCUUAAUGCCCACUUGGAUCCCAUAUGCCUCAACUAAGGUUGAAGAGGAAGUCUUCGUCUUCUCCCUCAAGCUCAUGACUGAUGACUGGAGAUUUGAGAGAUCUUCUAACCAGUACUUCCUGGGAGACAUGAUAAAUCUUGAAGCAUCCGUGCGUUCGUACAGCCAUGUUCCCAUCCGUGUGUUUGUGGACCGCUGCGUGGCGACUGCAGUCCCUGAUGUUGCUUCCGUCCCCAGUUACUCCUUUAUUGAGAAUAAUGGGUGCCUGGUUGAUGCCAAGCUCACAGGCUCCACGUCUCACUUCAUGCCCCGGACUCAAGGUGAUAAGCUGGGGUUUCAGCUAGAGGCGUUCCGGUUCCAUCAAGCAGACAGUGGGCUGGUCUACAUCACAUGCAUUUUGAAGGUGGCUGCCGCAACCUCUACAAGUCCUGAACGGAAAGCUUGUUCGUUCUCUGCUAAUGGGUGGGUGUCUGCAGAUGGUUCUGACCCGGUGUGUGGCUGCUGUGACGCCACGUGUAGCAUCAGAAGUGGAAGUGAUCAACUACUUACAGAUCUACGCUGGGAAAGAGCAUCUGUCGGCCCCAUCAAUGUUAAAGAAUAUGGCCAAAAAUAACUGGAAAUGUCAUGUGACUUCUGGUGAUUUAAUAAAUGCUGUUAAUGUA